GCAUCUAUAGAGCGACAUAGCUUUACUCAUGCUCAGAAGAUGCGAGCAGCAGCCACAUUUGGAUUUGGAAGAGCCCAUGGCCUCGGCAUGCAAGCCUGGCACCGGAGUGAAACAACCGGGAAAAUGUUGGGAAACCCUUCGGUUUCUGAAACUCUGACUAGCUAUAUGCUUAGUCUUCAUCAUCAUAAGACUCAAAUAGGAGAGACAGCAACCAGUGCACGCGCUGCAACUUCAGUAAGUAGCUUUGUAUAA